UAGCAGUCUGUGUUGUGUGUGUGGUUUGUUUUUGUAUUCUGUUUUCAACGCAAUUUUAUGUAAUUCAUUUAAAUGCGUGGCUUGAUAAUUGUGCCCAUGGACUUGGAACCUGGUUUCCGCAAAGCCGACAUACACAGCCUACCCACAGUGAGCAGCGGAAUGAUUUUCAACUUCUUCGCAGCAGCCACAGACAACAAACUCUGCUCGGAAAACAACGAUUUGCUUAUUGAUUAUGUGCAUUUGCGGCGACAGGCGGAGAUAUGUGAAUUAAAAGCAUUGGUUUUCUCAGCCGGUGACUUUUCCAACACGGAAACACAUGCAAAUGUGGCUGUUAAGGUCGUCGAAGAGGCGUCUUUGAUCGCCGAUUCCCAAUGCAGCCUGUGCGCCAGUGUUGGAAUAUGUCCACAUGUUGUGGCUUUUGUAUUUUGGCUGCAUAACAAGAGCACGGAUAAAAGACCCGCCGUUGUUCUCGAAUUCUGGGGCACUGAGCUGGAGGCGCUCGUCCAACCCGAGCCAACAAAAGCCAUACGCAUAAGCGAUAUGCUGCCACCCAGCCAGGAAACGGACGAGGAUGCGCCCAGUCCCAGCGCUGAUGAAGAACGCAGCUUUCUCGACUCUGUGCUGGAGGAGCUGGCCAUAUGUGGACGAGACUCGGCACUGUAUCGUCAGUGUGUGGACACCAGCGAUGAGUUCGAAUCCAUCCUUGUGCAUCAUGUGUUGCUGAAGGCAGCGGACUACAAUAUCUACGAUAUGCAGAGUUUCCUGCAGCACAUGGAGCUGCAGGCGCAGGGCGGACUAUUUGAGAACCUUGGCGAGGUGACCAAGCAACAGUACAAAUCGAAGCUAUGGAUUGAGGCACAAUAUAUGCGUAUACGUUGCUCCAUGAUGCAUAUGAUUGCCACAAGGAAAACUCACGAGGAAGACGAUCAGAUCUUCAAUAUGCUGUUCUGCAAGGGGCGCGACGAGAACAUUGAGGAUCGUGUCCAACAGAAGCAGCACAAACGUUUCAUAUUGAAACAGACUGAGAAGCUGGAGAACAAGGAGUAUCUCGAAUGUGGCCUGCUGCUCCACGAAAACUAUCCCUAUUUAUGUGGUGCACCCGAUGGCAUCACCGAUGAUCAUAUUGUCGAAAUCAAAUCGCCAAAGACUGAGGAGGACUUUGAGAAAUACCUCGAGGCACGCGAAUCGAUUGCACCCAAAUACAUGGCACAAAUCCAAAUGCAAAUGUUUUUGGCCAAUGUGAAGAAGGCUUUGUAUUGUGUGCUAAGUCCCACCUUCGAGACGAAUGGAGCUCUGCACUACGUUUGGGUUCAGGCUGAUCCCGAGUUCGUGGCCAGUCUGCUGGCCAUGGCCGAUGAGUUCUGGAAGGAUGUCGUCUAUCCGCGACUCAUCAGCAUUUAUCCCCACACCGUAUAGUUAAUAAAACUGCUAGUCAAUCAAAAA